AUGGAGGAGGCACGCCAAUUGGCCUCCGCUCUCUCCUCUCACGACAUUGUGGAGUCUCGCGAUGCACGCCAGCAGUUGGCCCGCUUCAUAUCACCAGAGCGAUUAGUUGAGAUGUGGCAGCAGGGACAAGAGCAAAUUGCUGCCGCGCUCCUUGAAGAGGCGGAGAGUGUCGGCAAUGACGAUGUGUACAUGGCUCUUGGCGAUGGGUUCAAGAGUCUCUUCGACCCCGCUGCUAACAUGUCUAUGGCAGAGCAAUUUCUCGUACUGGACACCACACACAUUGUCGCACGUUUUCUUGUGAAUGGGAUCGCUAGUGAGGAUCUCACUAAAGCUGCAUAUGUGCGUCCGGCCUUGCUGGCUCUACUAACCGUUGUGCCACCUACUGUAGCUCCCGCCAUUGGUGAACUUGUAUCUGCUUCCCUAAAGACGGAGAGAGUUCUGCGACUAUUUGAUGAAAACAAUCCUGAGUCAAGUGAAAAUGAAAAACUUUGCAAAUUUUUACUCACUCAUACAGAUUUGAUUUCUUUUAUUACUUCUUCAACAGCUAAUGCAUUCGAUAAUGAUCCACUUCUUGUCGCAAAUUAUAUGGCUAUUAGUGCUAUCAUUGGUCGUCACGAGAAAAUUCCGAUUAUUUUGCUUGAUAAAAUAGAAAAAACACUUGUGGAAAGUAAGGAUGAUUUUGUAUUCUGUUUUGUCUGCCGUGCUUGUGCUGUGGCACUACGCCAUCAUGAUAGUAAUGCUUUGAACUUUGCAGUUUCAUGGGUAACGGCAGCAGCUAAUCGUUUGAUGGAUUGUAGUCAUGAUGCUUAUGAUGCCAUUUAUGAUCUUCUUGGUGCUGCUAGUACUACAUCUACUGGAUGGAACAGCGUUCAGUCUCUUUUAAAAGAAGAGAGAAUAAAACAUGGAUUAAAUGUUGCUGCUCUUCGUGCGAUAACUCUGAAUUUCUUGGACGUAUUGGUACAAUCUCCCCAUGUUGAGAAUUCGUUCUUUAGCCUAACGCUCUUGCAUGCGGUGUGGCAACUGCGCAAUGAUCCAAAUGAUACUGUUAGAGAAAAACUCUGGGAAUUUUUAAAUGAUGGUAUUGCUCGUGAGAAUAUUAUAAAUUCAAUGGAGUCUCUUUGUGCCUCAUUCCUCUGUUCCCCGCAGCAGGAAGCUAAUGUGGCUAUUCGUGAGUUGCAGCUACGUGUUGCUACUCGCUUAGUAAGUCAUGCGAGACUUCCAGGAGAGGUCAUGGAACGACUGCGGCAGUUUAUUUCUAGGGGUUUGUAUCCUCCUUCUUCUGUUGGUAUGGAGGCAAUGUCACGGCAUUAG